GCCGAAGGCGAAUGGCUGCUGCAUCUCCUGCUCUCGAGGCCCCGCUCCUUCGCGCCCCCCUCUGAGGACACCGUGCCCUGCUCACACCACGCCCUCCGCCCGGAGUCCCCGAAGGCACGAUGGUCACGGCCAGCAACAGGAACAACAACGAAUCCAAGGACGACAAGAAAUCCCGAGGCCCGAGCCCGAGCAACGGCCACAGCGACGAUGCCGAGAAGGAUGGAGACACAGGCAUGCGUGUUGGAAAGGCAUAUCAAGCAGAGAUUCCAAGUAUGUUGCCAUCACAAGAACGCCGGCCAGAGCAGUGUCCAGAAAGAGCCCUGUUAGUGUGGGCUCCUAAGCUGGAGAUCAACGAAGAGAGUUUGGAACAGUACAUCUGGUUGGCAAAGGACAAAUACGGGUACAAUGCCGAGCAGGCACUGGGCAUGCUGUUCUGGCAUCGUCAUGACUUGGAGAAAGCAACAGCAGAUCUGGCCAACUUCACGCCCUUCCCUGAUGAGUGGACGACCGAAGACAAGGUCCUCUUUGAGCAGGCCUUUCAAUUUCACGGGAAAAGCUUUCAUCGCAUAAGACAGAUGUUACCAGACAAGACUAUAGCCCAGUUAGUAAAGUACUAUUAUUUGUGGAAGAAAACUAGACAACGAAGUUCUCUAAUUGAUCGACAUGCUCGCAAACACACCGCAAAGCUCCAGCAGGCUACAGAAGGUGGACUGGGAGAUAGCAGCGGAGAUAGAUCUGAUGAAGACGAAGAAGGACGCGGUGGGGAGGAGACCAAGAACUGCUCGAACUGCACCAUCCCUGCGACCAUCCUCAAUGAGUCUCCCAAGGGGCCUCAGUGCCAGACGUGUUACAACCACUGGAAAAAAAUGGGAUGUCUACGGCCAACUGUAGGACCCAUGAAGAGAGAUAAACAGCUUAUCAAGCACAAGCGACGGCCACCUCGCGGCAUGCACAUAAACCAUGAGGAUCUUAUGGCUAUGGUGGCCCCUGCCCCCCCAGGCCCUCUAGGUGCCCCUACCCAAGGCCAGCAGCUACUGCGACACAUGGAAAAUGAGGUCAUUGCUCUCAAACGCCAGGUACAGAGUAACAAGGCACAGAUCAGCAACUUGCGGGAAAAUCUGGCCAAGGACGGUAUCAAUUCCUUGAGGCCACCGGGACAAACAGGGCCGCUGAAGGCCAAAUGGUCGCAUGAGGAACUUCUGCUGGCUGUGCAAGCCGUGCGAUAUUUUGGAAAGGACUUCAAGGCCAUCGCCGAAAUUGUAGGCAACAAGACAGAGAAUCAUGUGCGGAGCUUUUUUGUGACUUACCGCAAGCGUUACAACUUGGACAAUGUUCUGAGAGAGUGGGAAGAGGAGCACGGCCCAGUGCGAACCAGUGCAGACGAAUAGUUAGGACUUUGCAUUUGGAAGGCAUUGGAACCGCCCACCCGUCCUCUCGGUGCCAGCUCCAGCAUGGGGCUGCGGAGAGCUGGGUCAGAAAGCCCUCGUUUCAACCCAUCGGGACAUUGUGUGCAUUUUUGGCCAGGAUGUUCGUGUUUCAAAAUGAUUUUUGUAAGUUAUCAUACAGAUUCCUCACAGUAUUCUUGGAGUUGUCUACGGGUAUUUCAGGGCCUAAGUAGGAUUUUCAUUUUAUUGGCGGAUGAAGAGCAAGCCUAAGAAUCUUACCUUUAGGAGGAGGAUGAACGGAUAAGGCCUAGGAUACCUGAGGAAAAUCUAGAGUCAUGUUACCUUCACAAGAAUCUAGAAAAAAAAAAAAGAAAAA